UUUGCCCAGUCAGUGCUCAGUCAAAUUCCUGCACUGACACAACAGUUGACACUUGUAAACAGUGAGGUUAAAAGCGGAUAAGGCUGAUACAGAGCAAGUCCAAACUGAAUUCUCAGUUUUCAUUCACUGGUUUCAUCGACUAAUUAAAGAGGUGGUUGCUAAGAGAUGACAAUCGGUGACAUUGGUAAAAACCUCUGAUGCACAGCAGCCUGAAGCUCGACUUCUCCAGGAUCUCUUUCCUCCACACCUCUCUCUGUACCUGGCUCAUGUGAAGCACGCGGGGAAACGCUCUUAAACCAACGGACUCACAAACACCAUGGCGGCUUUCACUGCUACCUCUGCCGUCACCAGUACCACGACCACCACAGUGGCCCGAACUGCAUGGCAAAGGCAAGGAAGUGGCGAAGGGGCGGGAAAAUGUGAGAGUGACUGGAAGAAGAGUGAAAAUGUGGGACAAAACACUAUCCUGGAGAAAACCCACGAGUUUUUCCAGAUCUGUGACAUCGAGAGCAAAGGCUUCAUCACCCGACGUGACAUGCAGAGGCUGAACGGCGAGCUCCCUCUCAGUGCGGAGGAGUUGGAGAACGUAUUUGAUACCCUUGAUUCUGACAGCAACGGAUAUCUUACCCUUGACGAGUUCUCCUCCGGCUUUAGUGAGUUUUUAUUUGGCCGAACGAUUUCUGUAGAAGAAGGCAUGGGGGAGAAAAACUACAGUAAAAACUCGCCAGAGGUGCUGUACCAGUCCCAGUGGGAGGAGAGGCUGGCAACCUCAGAGGAUGAAGAGGAGAAACAUUUUUGCAUGCUUAUGGAGAGCCUCGGAGCCAACAGUGUUUUUGAAGAUCCUGCUGAGGUGCGCAGUUUGUGGGCCCAGCUGCGCCGGGAUGAACCGCACCUUUUAUCCAAUUUUGAGGACUUCUUGGCCAGAGUGACAUCCCAGAUCAUAGAGGCAAACCAGGAGAAGAGGGAUAUGGAGAGUGCUCUUAAAAGGAAAGCAGCAACACACGAUGAUGAGAUCAAGCACCUGUAUGAAGAAAUGGAGCAGCAAAUAAAAAAUGAAAAAGACAGAAUUGUGCUGCAGGACUAUGAGCGGUUUCUGUCUCGGAGUCAAGACCUGGAGUUGCAGCUGUCCAGUAAAGAGAAAGAGCUGGAACAGCUCUUUCAGAAACAGAGGAGGUUGGAACAUCAGUGCCAGGAGCUUCACAGUGAACAACAUGUGACCAAGGUGGAGAAUGUGAAGCUCAAGCAGACAAAUAAUGAGCUAGCUCGGGAGCUGGACCACACCAGCCAAGAGCUGAUAUCAGCACAGGAGCAGCUGAGUCUGCUGCAGGAGCAGUCCACACGGCUUCACGAGGAGAAAGAGAUGGAAAUAUACAGACUGACUGAGGGAUUGCAGCGUGAGAGAGCGAGCCUUCUCAAGCAACUGGACCUGUUGAGGGAAAUGAACAAACAUUUACGGGAUGAAAAAGACAUAUGCUAUCAGAAACCAAAGAACUGUAAGAAAACACCAGUUUUGCAGCAGAGGCCAUUAAUGAAUGUUUUGAAACACACAAACACAAACAUCUACAAAAGUGAGGAGGAGGAGGACCUGACCACCAGCUCUGUGAGGCAGAAGUUAGCCAAUGGGUCAUGCCAACCCUCUUGCCUGGAGGCGACAAGAGGGCACCUCCAGAGGAUCAUCUCCAUCGAGGAGGACCACCUCCCACACUUGCUCCAGAAUAGCUGUCAGGCUCAAAUCCCACUUCAGGAGUGUAGUGAAGGAGAGGAAGCGUCAGACAAUGAGGAGAAUAUAGACUUGGUGAUGAGCGAUAUAUAUCCUUGUGCAUCUUCUGCGCAACCACAACAUUCAAAGGGAAAUGUGGAAAAAAGGAAAACUCCCACCUCACCAAGGGGUCAGCCUGUUGGCAAGGAGACCAGCAUAAAUGAGGAAGGUGGUCCGUCGCCGCCUGAUCGCCUCUUCAAGAUUGUUCUGGUGGGGAACUCUAGUGUAGGAAAGACCUCCCUACUUCAACGAUUUUGUGACGACUGCUUCCGUCCAGGCACUUCUGCUACUGUGGGUAUAGACUACAGUGUAAAGACAAUAACUGUGGACAACAGUCAGGUGGCGCUGCAGAUGUGGGAUACAGCAGGACAGGAAAGGUAUCGAAGCAUCACCAAACAAUUCUUUCGCAAGGCUGAUGGUGUGGUUGUGAUGUAUGACAUCACAGCUGAGCAGAGCUUCACAGCUGUCAGACAGUGGCUGACAAGUGUAAAGGAGGGUGCAGGCGAAGACAUAACCAUUAUGCUCUUGGGAAACAAAACGGACAAGGAGAUUGAGAGACAAGUUGAGAAAGGAGUGGGCGAAAGGCUGGCCAAGGACUGCCAGAUGACUUUCUAUGAGUGCAGUGCAUGUUCUGGACACAAUGUGGUAGAGUCCAUGGUUCAUUUGGCCAGAAUUCUGAAAGAGCAAGAGGACAGAGAGAAAGAGAAGACUGUCCAGCUGGUCAGCAGCCCCGCAGAGAAGAAGAGAUCCUGCUGCUAACAGAUAAAAAAAAAACACACACACACACAGUAGCACUACUAUUUACUAAGAUACACAACGUCAAAAUGUGACCACAUUAUUCUGAAUAGCAGCACAACUUCUUCUCACCCAGUCUUCACCUUGCAGGGUAAAGUCUACACCAGAGUGAAUACUGUCAUGUGUCACAGAUGUUAUUGCACUAUUAUGAAUAGUCUACUAUAAAUUAUUUCCCAAAUUAGUUGCAAUUUUAAUUCUCCAAAUAAUAAUAAUGUAAGCUAAGUUCAAAUAUUACCUUUCAGGGAUAGAUAUAGGAAUCAGCAAUCAAAAAACUGAAUCCUUUUUGAGUCAAACUAAGACUUUAUCAUUUUUUAAAUGUUGGAUAUUCCUUCAAACUUUGACUACUGUAACUCCUAAAUAUUUAUGACUUCCGAAAGCCUUUUUAUCUGUCACAUGUGGACUUUUUACUGUAUGUAUUAUUCAUUCAGUGUUAUGAGUACAUUUUUAGCUAUGUUGCUUUCUCACCUUUUGUAGUACACACACAUAUGUUGGACACAAUAACAUGAACACCUAUGAGUUAUAAUCCAAUCUUGUGUAGUUCUGUUGUAAACCCUACAUUUUGAAGCUUUUGGUGUUCAAAGAUUGUUUAAUGAUGUGUUGAUUCAUCUCUGUGUUAUCUAUUAGGGCCCAGAUUAGUUGUGGUGUUAUGUGGCAUUGCUGGAUGUGGCACACAUGUCUCAGUUUCUUCACCUGCUGAUCCUGUAGUCAAAUCAAUACCUCUCAGACACACAACUGAACAAUAUUAGCUUAAAUGUAGUAUUUGUUGCAAGGUAUUUUAUUUUAUUUUACAGGUGUUUAUGUUAUUUUGUCCAUCCUCUGAAUAUUGUAAUUUGAUUUGCAAUUCUGUGUUGUUGUUGUGACAAUACUGAAGGUUGGUGGGCUAGCUGAGCAUUUUGUUGGGGGUUUUCUUAGUUGUGUGUACUAUUUUAAGAGCCAGACAAUAAUACAGAAAAUUAUUUCUCUCCAAGGGACCAAAUGAGGUUUAGUGCACAAAAUAUUUAUUUCAGAUCAUCUUAAUCUGUGUGCCAAGUAUUUUAUGAAAAUGAUGUCACAGCAACAUGUAACAUGUUAAGUAAGUUAUGUAAUCUGUAUGUUACAAGAAGGAGUUCAGAUUCUAUUGUUUGGCAUUGCACUAUAGUCACUUAUAGUGAUUCACUACUGCCAGUGUCUUGCACGUCACUUUAAUGUAUACACAGAAAUGUAAAUAGCAUAAAACAAAUAAAUAGAUAAAUAAUU